CAUUUUUUUGAACCGACAUGAAAGUAAUUUUUGUUUUAUUUGGCUGUUUUUGUCUCUACGGGAGCUUUGUUGUUGGUGCAAGUAGGAAGAGGCUUGGACCUUCCACAGAUGACGGUGGCACAGCUACAUCUACAACAACAUUAGCGCCAACUGUGAUCACAACGUCCUCAGUGGCAGUGGUCAACAAUGCAACAGUAAACAACACCGCCUCCAAUAGCAAUAUCACCAGCAUCUAUGAUCAGAAGCAUAAGAUACUGCUGGUGGUACUUUCUGAUGUGAAUGUACGCCAUAUUAAGGAUCCACAACAAGCUUUUGAUAUAGCGCAAUCCUCAACCAGUUCAAAUAAUGCGGAUGAUAAGUCUUCAAACGCCACAUUAACGAUCGAUGCAACGAUGCUCAAGGAAAUUUUGAAGAAACUCCAACCCACGAAAAAGUGUGUGAAUAUUGUGCCUCAAUUUGUGCCGCCCACAUUUCCAUGGCUCAUACGCAAGGAGCAACGUAAGCCGAUUACUUAUAUCGAACCGAUUUUAUGCGAGGACAUCGAAGAUGAACGCAUAGUUUUAAUGGGAACUUUACCUGCCAACCAAAAGCGGCAACCUAGUGAACCAGUUAAAAGUAAUAUGGGGUAUUCACGAACGCGUUCCUCAAAAAAUACACGACAGCGUCAACGAUCGAAGCAGAGAACAGGUUCGGCUAAAAAAUCUCAGCAGCCGCUAUCUUUAAGCCAUUUUCGGUACUAUGAGCAUGACUCAGAAUUUGAUAACGAUUCGUCGAAUUUCAGCUCUGAAGAAAAUUAA